AUUGCUGGGCACUAGCUGACAUGCAGUAUACGGGGAGCAAAUUUAUCGGGUCGUACGUAAACGGGAGGAUGGAGGGCAAUGCAGAAUACAUUCUCCCUACUGCCACAAGAUACGUGGGGGAGAUGAAGGACGGCAUGUUCCACGGAGAAGGGACCCUGUUCUUCCCCAGCGGUAGCCGAUUCGAUGCCAUCUGGGAGAAGGGAUUGGUGGUGAAGGGCCAGUACACCUUCACGGAUGGGCUGGAGUAUGAGGACAAACACUGGCACUACUGCGACAGCUACGACCGGAGGUUCUACACGGAGAUCUGCCACGGCCUGAAGCCCUCAGGUAUCUCUCAACUCUCCAACAUGGACCCACCCAGAACUAUCCCUCCAGGCUGCUAUGACUGUGGAGACGGCUUCUAUGACCCUGUCACCAGGAUCAUCAAGGAUUACCGGAACCGCUUUCUGAGAAAUGCCGACGAUGACGAGCAUGAGUGGAUCGUCAGGACCUGCCGCAAGGGCUGGGCCAAACCCGCAUCACCACCACCGGAGAAGCCUUAG